AUGAUGCUAAAAGUUUUUGCAGUAUUCACUCUGGCAUUUGUCACAACUCACUCAAUACCAAUCCUAAGUGAUGGCCUUGGACUAGGACUUUCUGGCCUCUCUUUAGGCCAUGGACCUUUACUCACCCUAGGCCACACACCAGUUGUAGCUCAUAAAACUAUAGAUUAUCAUGCUCCUCCAAAAUACGAUUUCGAGUAUGGCGUUUCUGACCAUCACACUGGCGACAAUAAAGAACAGAAAGAAGUGCGUCACGGUGACGUCGUGCAAGGAGAGUACUCCCUAAAGGAACCCGAUGGUACCAUUAGAAUUGUGAAAUAUACUGCUGACGAUCACAAUGGUUUCAAUGCUGUCGUUAUAAGGAAAGGACAUGCUGUGCAUCCCAGUGUUAUCCAUCAUCAGGCUUUGAGUAAGGAUUUGUUUAGUUGA